UGGACGGAGCGACGGGGCUCCGAUCUCCGCCAUCCUGCACUUCCAUUCCCCCGCCCGCCCCGCCGGGCUGGGAACCCGGCAGCCCAGAUCCGGGCGCCCGGAGGUCGGGGAGAGAGAGGCGGUCGGAGCCGCGGAGGCCGCCCCCGCACCGUCCGCCCCGCCCUCCCAGCGCGGCCCCGGGAAGCUCCGCCGCCCGGGCAGACCGUCCGGGGCGGUCCUUCGGGGGACGCCGCCGGCUCCCGAGUCGUCUCCCAUUGGCCUUCGGGGGAACGGAAGCCGAAGCGGAGCCGUGAACCCGGAAGUACUUCGCGGCGGAGGCCUGGGCGACUCUUUUGAAUGGAAUCGGGCUGAUUCAUCGCCGGUUCGCGGAGCCAGAUCCGGGCCGAGUCUGACCCCCCGCCGCCGCCCCGCCGCCGUCGCGUCACCGCCGCGGGAAGACCAGGGUCCAGGCCGCGGACCCCCGCCCGCCCCCAGAAAUAUGGACAGACUUCUUAGACUUGGAGGAGGUAUGCCUGGACUGGGCCAGGGGCCACCUACAGAUGCUCCUGCAGUGGACACAGCAGAACAAGUCUAUAUCUCUUCCCUGGCACUGUUAAAAAUGUUAAAACAUGGUCGUGCUGGAGUUCCAAUGGAAGUUAUGGGUCUGAUGCUUGGAGAAUUUGUUGACGAUUACACCGUCAGAGUGAUUGAUGUGUUUGCUAUGCCACAGUCAGGAACAGGUGUUAGUGUGGAGGCAGUUGAUCCAGUGUUCCAAGCCAAAAUGCUGGAUAUGCUGAAGCAGACAGGAAGACCGGAGAUGGUUGUUGGUUGGUAUCACAGUCACCCUGGCUUUGGUUGUUGGCUUUCUGGUGUGGAUAUCAACACGCAGCAGAGCUUUGAAGCCUUGUCGGAGAGAGCUGUGGCAGUGGUUGUGGAUCCCAUUCAGAGUGUAAAAGGAAAGGUUGUUAUUGAUGCCUUCAGAUUGAUCAAUGCUAAUAUGAUGGUCCUAGGACAUGAACCAAGACAAACAACCUCAAAUCUGGGUCAUUUAAACAAGCCAUCUAUCCAGGCAUUAAUUCAUGGACUAAACAGACAUUAUUACUCUAUUACUAUUAACUAUCGGAAAAAUGAACUAGAACAGAAGAUGUUACUAAAUUUGCAUAAGAAGAGUUGGAUGGAAGGUUUGACACUUCAAGACUACAGUGAACACUGUAAACACAAUGAAUCAGUGGUGAAAGAGAUGUUGGAAUUAGCCAAGAAUUACAAUAAGGCUGUAGAAGAAGAAGAUAAGAUGACACCUGAACAGCUGGCAAUAAAGAAUGUUGGCAAGCAGGACCCCAAACGUCAUUUGGAGGAACAUGUGGAUGUACUUAUGACUUCAAAUAUUGUCCAGUGUUUAGCAGCUAUGUUGGAUACUGUCGUAUUUAAAUAAAGCAGUGCAGAAAGCUUUUAGUGAUACUUUCAGUGUACAUUACUCUAUUGUUCCUAAUACUCCAAAUCAAGGGACCUCUGAAGGUGUAUUUGGUUAAAUGUAAGACAUCUGGCAUCAUUUGCAGCACUGUAACACCUUCAGUCUCAGUUGUGCAAUUACUUCUGUUUCUUUAGUCAGGGUCUUUGCAGAUUCCAAAGUUAUAUAAGAAUACAUCAAAGUGGACAAAUUUUGUUAAGAUCUCAUUUAAUAUUUGAAGAAAUCAGUAACACAAAUAUAUUUUGAUUGUUGCUUACAAAAUAAAGUACAUUUACAAUCUAUGUCUCUUGAGUUCUUUUUGGCACUGGGUGGAAUUGACAGGAUAACAUUUGACAGUACUUUAGAAAUUUCAUACUAAGAUAUGCUUCCCUGUGCAUUUUAAGAUUUUAUAACACAUAAAACAUCAAUGUGAUAACAAAACAUCUGAGUGGCUACCUCAUUAGUGGGUAAUGCAGAAAAAUGCUGACAUCUUUCAUUUAAAGGAUUUGUCACAAGUUAAUUUUGUAUAAACAAUAUAUCUUGUUAACAUACAAUCAGGAUCUCAGAAGAGUGCAAUUGAAGAAGGGGCAAUUUUGAUGUAAACUAUCAUUUAAAAAAAAAAAAAAAGA